AUCUCAAGGAAAGGCGAGGUUCGGGUUUCGGAUUGCAGGGGCUUACUCAGGCUGAGGCGGUGCAGGCCGGUGGCUGGUGCACCAGCCACCGUUCAGUCCUGCGCAGGAACUGCUAAUCGCAUAACGAGUGCACUAACCAUCUGCGUAGUUAUGUACACUAUCUUAGUCAUCGCCAUCCGCAAUGCACCUGAGCCAGCCGCCGUCACGGGAAACUCUCCCGGGUCUAUCCGAGGUUCCGCGGCCAUGACGUCGGAAGAGAUCGGUCAUGCCAUCCGGCCGCGUCCUUCGCGGUUGCUUGUCUUCAGCAUGGCCAAAGGGUCAAUGGAGGCCAAGGAUCACACUCUGAGGAAAGGAAGAGCCACUCGCAAACCACGGGAAAGAGCAAACGAAAAGAAACCAAACGACAGAAACAUGAGGGCGCGUCCGGAUCACAGGAAGAAACAACCUCGGGGGAAGUGAACUCUUCCUCGCUGGAGCUGGAGCUGGGUCGGCAAGCGUGUGCGGCUAUGGCACGUUGGGGAUUCCUUCAUUAGCAUCCCCUCCGGUCCGGUCCUCCUCCCUCAUUCAAGUCUCUCCUACUCACUCAUCUCGGAAUCGGACAGUCGAUACGACUACUCGCACGGCCCCGACGACUGUAACGCGCACGAAGUCCAUACGAUCAUCAUCUUCAUCAUGCUCUGGGGAUCACAGUCCCAGCCUGAGGACUCGCCGGAGAAGCCCAUUCCCCGAGAGAAACUGCCUCCGCAACUACAGCAACUCGUGGAUCACGACGACGGCUUCUAUGAUGACAUCUACUCGUCCUACUCCGUGGAUUCCACCGACACUCCCUACCGAUAUGCCGGAUACGCCAAUCGACUCCGCACCGUGUUGCUCUCCGCCCAUCGUUACGUCGCCUAUACCUCGGACAUAGGCGAAUCCUUCCGUCCCGUAGCUCAUCCAUAUCUGGUGCGCUCCGCCUACGCUAUCUCCUGGUCGUACCUGAUCGGCGAUGUUGCCCAUGAAGGCUACAAGGCCUACCUGCGCAAUCGGCGCGUGCUCGCGCCGCCCGGCGAGGCCUACAAGGACGCCAAGGAUCUCACCCAAGAUCAAGUCAUCAAGGGCAUGGCUACCGGCAAUGUCGGCGGCUCGUUACGCUGCUCCACGGGGGAGUCGGAUUCCCUGGAGCCCUGGCCCACGACUCGGAUUCCGCUCAUCGAGGAUUACCGUGUGGUCAUGGCCAAGCGUGCCGUGUUCCAGAGCAUCGCCAGUAUGGGACUACCCGCUCUGACCAUUCAUUCCGUGGUGAAAUAUUCGGGCCGCGCCUUGAAAAAUUCCAAGAGUGUCUGGUUCCGCACUUGGGCGCCUAUUGGACUUGGUCUCUCCGUCGUCCCCUUCCUCCCGUACAUCUUCGACGAACCCGUCGACGAGGCCGUCGAAUGGUCCUUCCGCACCGCCAUCCGCGCCUACGCCGGCGAGGAUGCCGUCCGUCCGCUGCCCCCAGCGCAGACCGACGCCGAUGCCAGCACCACCGCCCUCACCACCCACUCCUGGGAAGAAUACAAGGCGGAACGCCGUCAGGCGAGGGAAGAGCGGAAGAAGGAGCUCGAGGAACGCGGACAGAAAGGACCGUUGGCCUUGCUGGGAUUGGGGGGAAAGGAGGAUUCGAAAAAGAAGACGGAGUAAUCGUGACGCGUCGUUUCCUGGUUUCAUUUCUUUCAGAUCUUGGCUUGUCUGUUUCCUUUAUGCAUGGGAGCGUUGGUGUCUCUUUCUUUCGUGCUUUUCCUUUCGUUCUGUUGUUCUUCCACCUUUGCAUGUACAUAUAUACAUACAUACCUUAGCCUUGUGGCAGACUCGUCCGACCGUUUGCGUUGCCUUGAUCAACUCCUCUACGGGAUAUCGUUUCUACUAGUGCAUGCUCAGGUCCAGCGAGUCAUAUCAGUCUCGUAGGAACCACUCUCGGGAGACCUAGACCCCGCUCGGUGCAGCCUCGAAUACUCGUGGGUCAGCCAGAUGCUACCAUCAACCCGACCUACAUCCACACGACGGGAACAUACUCAAAAUCAUUCAAUCCAUGCCGACGCAUGGCUCAUUUCACUUUCUACUGGCACUAUACAACUGUAUACACAUGGACAAGCGACAGAAGGAAACUCCAUCCGGUCAGAGAGCAAUAGGAACACGGACAAGAGGGAACAAGGGGGUAGUGUAGGAUAGUACGACAUCACUCGUCACAGAUACCUUACCACCCAUCCAUUAGAGAGCGGGAGAGGAGGUCCAAAUCAAAGAAUACAAAAAAAAAAAAAAAUUCUUUAC